GUUGAGGCGGGUGUAAGUAGCAGAGGUCCUCGUGGUCGUCCCCAGCUGCUGGACUAUUAUUACUCCUGCUCCUUCACCCUGGUGGGACCUCACCCUCGUUGUGACAACCCUUGGAGGACCACACCCUCGUUGUGACAACCCUUGGAGGACCUCCCCCUCGUUGUGACAAUCCUUAGAGGACCACACCCUCAGAAAUCAUCACCUUCGGUGUGACCACCUUGGUGGUACCUCACUCCUAGAGCACCUGGCCUCCGCGUUGGACCUCUCACCCUUGUAGGAUCUCGCCCCCUAUUAGGACCUCGCACCUUUAUAGGACUUUGUCCCACCUCGUUAUACCUCGUUCCCUCAUAAAAACUCACCCUCUUGGAAGACUUCCCUCCUCGUAAGACCUUGUCCCAUCGCUCACCUUCAUCAUGGGAGACUCGGGCUCUGCACAGCUUACCAAGCUAAUUCUCAACAAUUUUAUGGUACAGAAGAAACCUCUGGCACGACAAGGAAAGGACCACGUGAUCAAGAGGCUAGUACGGCAGAUUAGGAAAUUACGCGAAAAAAAGCCUGAUGAAGAGACCAAGAAGACAAAAUUUAACCGCAAAGCUGAGAGGCUCGUGGAAGAAAUUAUGGCUCUGAAGCACAUGGCUCCGAGUGAAAUAAUGAAAUUUGUCAUUCUGAAUAAGAAGUCGUUUUCAGCAGUCAUUAGAAAUCCAAAGGCAAGGAUAGAGGAGAGAGCACUGUGUCGUCUGGCAGAACACAAAAGCCUGAGUGUUGCAGUAAAGGAAUUUCGAGAGCAGUAUCCACGCUGGGCAGAAGAGGUUCCACUUUUGAUCAAGGGUCUUGGAAUUCGUCAUCGAGAGAAGAAGCUGAAGAGAUUAAAGAGGUUGGGCAAGUUGGAUAAGUACCUGGAAAAAGAGCAGCAGAGCCUCAAGCUCCUACAGGAACUGACUGAUGUUGAUAUAGAUCCUAAGAUCAUUCAGGGAGCAAUGAAUUUGACCAAGAAAAUUGAAAAGAAGCCAGCCAGCAGCAGAAGUAGAAAAAGAAAGAGGGAGAUGAGUGUAAAGCAAGAGCACGUAGGUAAAAAUAAAGAAGAGAGAGAAACUAAUACAGUAUCUGUGAAGAACAGUAAAGCCAAUAGCUUAAUAAAGAUAAGAGAAAGGCAGUGCAAGAAGAGUAAUAAUGUGGAUGAUGGUGAGAUUGGUGACAGCACAGAUGAUGAUGAUGGUGACGAUGAUGAGGCUACAGAUGUGAAAAGGGUCAAACGAGACAUUCUAGCUGAAGAACCCUUAGAGAACGAUGGCAACAGUACGGAAGAGGAGAGUGAAUCUGAAAUAGGUGAAGGAAGUGUUGAGAGUAGUGAUGAUAGAUCAACAGAACCUGUAAUCCAUAGAGUAGGACAGAAUUUGAAACAUAAAGAGCAACCUGGCGAUAAUUCUGACAGUGAUGACGGGAGUGUUGGAGACAAGGAGUCUAUGCAUAGUAACUCUGACAGAGAAAGUGAUGGGGUGACAAUGAAAGUGGAUUUUGUCAAAUCAAACCGUACUCUUGUUAACAAGGUUCCCAGUACAUCGGGAACCGUUAAAGUUAAGCAGCUGGAUCUUGGAAACAUUAGUGAAAUAAUUGAAGAUGAUGACCAUGCCAUUUCCAAUUCUGAAGAUGAGGACUUCUUCCUUGGUAAAACAGCCAAAAAAAUUAAGAAGAGUAAAAAGAGCACUUUCUUCCUUGGAUCAGGCAAUGGCAAUGAUGAAUUGGAUGAGGAUGGUGAAUCAGAAGAUGAAGAGGAGGAAAAUUCUGAUGACAGUGGUAUUAUAGAUACUGGUAAAUACUUUAGAAAGAAUAUGUUCAGAAAUGAUGACAGUAAUAGAGGUGCAAUCAGGGGACGAGGUGAGAGUAGAGAACGCAGAGGGAACAGAGGACGAAGUAGUGACACUGGUCGUGGAAGGGCUUCAAGUCGAGGAUGGGACAGAGUACGUGGCGAAAACCUAGGAAGAAGCACAAGCAGAAGUGACAAAGAUAGGAAAAAGGACACUGGAGAAAAUCGAGGAAAUUAUUCUGUGAUUGAACGACAGAAUGAUCAUUUAGGGGAUAAUGAAAAGGAGGUCCAAAAUGACGGGGACAGAGCUCACAAAUGGAACACAUACACAGAAAACAGAAGAGGAAGAGGUCGAGGAGAUAGACGAGGUGGUCGAGGAAUGAGAGGAGGCAGGAGUCCAUGGAGUGAAAGGGGUAGAAGAGGAACAUUUAGCCACUCUCCAGGUAGCAGGUUCCAAAGCAGAGGAGCAGGGAUCCAAAAUGGCAGACCGCAUUCAUGGGAAAGGGAAUCGAGCAAUCCAAACCUGAUACCUUUGAUGAAGAAAGACAAUAGUUCUGCAUCACCACCAGCCGAUGUUGGGGAAAGGAUCGGUAGCAUGGAUCAAGAAUCAAGCCGCGGUCGUGGUCGAGGCCGUCCGUGGAUUAGCAAUGGUCGCAGAGGAAGAGGUGGCAGAAGGCCUUUUAUGAAUAGAGACUCCAGUAACCCCAAUAUGAUACCCCUGCCAGGCAAGGAGGAAGCUUUUUCAUCACUUCAAAAAGGUGCAGCAUCGUCUAUAGGCCAGCAGGAGAAUUUGCACCCAUCUUGGCAGGCCAAGUUACGUGAGAAGCAGCAGUCAGUGUCCAUCAACGAGUUCCAGGGUAAACGAAUGGUGUUUAAUCUUGAUGAUUAAACAUUUGUGUGAGUUUUGUUCGCAAACUUUCCAGAUAGUGAACUCGGGUAAACAUGUGAAGCCUUUUCCUCGUAUACAGACUUACUAGCUGGUGAAUUAUGGUAACCAUAAAGUACAUUUGAUAGGUGUUCGCUAAAAUAAUACAAACAUUCAUGUGAAGGAAUCUGAUUCUAAUUACAUUAUUAGGCAUACUGCGUUUUGCCGUGCUUUGUAUUUCUGGUACGUAUUCAUGUGAUAACAUGAGAGUACGGUACCAUAUGACCUUGAAACAUGCAACUUCUGUUUGAUUAUCAAACUGAGUUUCCUGGUGACAUUAGGCAAUGUAACCUACAUUAAAGCCAUUGCUAGAAUCAAUUCGUCUAAUACAAAUCAAAAUCAAUAUUUGACAUGUUCACUCAAGAAUGUAUGCAAGGAUAUAUAUACAGGAAUGUAUGACUAAUUAUAUUUUAAUAAAUGUAUAAAUUAAUGUCUAUGUUGUCCGUAGCAUUUGGACAAUUUGGACGGGUGUUAUCUUCCAAUAUCUAUAAUUUUUUGAUUCUCUGUUUCUUCCUUAUCACUCUUGGGGUAAUGCUUCCCUACUCCAGGGAAAACUGGUUAAUGGUGACAAUUUUCAAGAAUGUUUAUUAUUGCCGUUACAUACACACACACAUACAUGUGCAGAAAAUCUUUGCGAUCAUAUAAAUGCAAAAAAAAAGCCACAGAGAAACUUAAGAAUAUUGUAUUUGUCAGGAGUGUUUUUGUGUUCAACACAUCAUAAGAGGCUUAUUAUGUAUGAUUAGAUAAACUAAAAUACAUAUAAGACAGAUGAGAAAGAUAGGUCAAUAUGAGAUAACAAGGACAACAUACAUCAGUACACAACCCGUGCUCCAAAUAGCACAUCACAUUUUGACAUAUACUUUACCUAAUGCCAAAAACUGCUGUACAAAAAAUGGUAGCGGCUUGUAAAAUUGAUGUGAUGCCCCCUUUUUCUGUUCAUGGGUCCUCGUGUUGGCUACGUUUGGGCACUUUAGUGCAACAGUUUAGCAACGUUGGGAAUGCUCAAGCAGACAGACUAGUAUAAGUGGCGGGCUGUCCUGAAGACAUGACGUGACUUGAGCAAUAAGUAACCUGACUAGAUUACAAUGUAGAUUGAUGGCCUCAUAAUUUAUUUGGGUGAAUUUAAAUUCCUGAUGAGACAGGUCUCAUAGCCUGGUGGAUAGCGCGCAGGAUUUGUAAUUCUGUGGCGCGGGUUCGAUUCCCGCACGAGGCAGAAACAAAUGGGCAAAGUUUCUUUCACCCUGAAUGCCCCUGUUACCUAGCAGUAAAUAGGUACCUGGGUGUUAGUCAGCUGUCACAGGCUGCUUCCUGGGGGUGGAGGCCUGGUCGAGGACCGGGCCGCGGGGACACUAAAGCCCCGAAAUCAUCUCAAGAUAACCUCAAGGUGAAUAAAAGUUUUGCAAAUUAUAUUGUGGAUUUACAAUUCACAUGUGGAUGAGAGGGUGGAUUAUCAUCAGAUUCCAUCGUGGUGCUCCAGAAAGGGUUGAAAUUUCUAUUUGAGAGAAAGUGAUUUUCUGUAACCUUAUUGUGAGCAUCCUGGCCUGGUUGGUAGAGCAAUAGCUUUAUGUUUUACCAGCUCGAAUUCAAUGCCCCAAUGAAAGGCUAGUAACUUUGUAUACUAGUACACAUUGUCCAUAUUAUAUACAGGUGUAGGCUGGUAUUGUGUACCUGGGUAAUACAGUGCAUGUGAAAUGGUAGAUUUUUACAUAAUAUUUCUAAAUUUUGCUUGUAUCAUGAGAUGGGCAGGAUUUCUAUUUCAAAAAUUAUAUUACAUAAUUCUUUAUUAUGAGGUAUGCUGGCAGGGGGUUUUGGUAUCACUUGUGCUUUUCAGUACAAAUAUUAUCUUCUGUAUCUACUCACUUGAGGUGAGGAAGUGACCACCAUUAAAAUAAGGAUGAUGUGGGCAUCACCGGGCCUUUCAUGUUCGUAAAUAACUUGAUAUACCUGCCUUUUAUAAUUUAAAAAUGAUAGAGUUGUGCAUAUGAAUUAUAGUUACAUUUUCUAGAACUAAAGAUUUCUAUAUUUAAUAAAGUGUUAAUUAAAAAUA